AUGUCGGAACGCGGCCGCUCGCGCUCCCCCAAGCCACUCACGCCCAGCCCGGGCAGGGACGUAUCCAUGUCGCCUGAGCCUGAGCCUGAGCCUCCCGCCCGUCCGCUUGCCGUCGUGGUCGUCGAGGGCCUGUCGAAGAACGUGGGCCGGGCACACCUUCAGGAGAUCUUUGGCGAAUACGGGCGUGUGACGGGUCUCGACCUGCCGCUGUUCAAGGUCUCCGGACUCAACCAGGGCAAAGCGGCCAUCGAGUUCGACCGCGCCGCAGCAGCCCACGACGCAGUGCGCUGCAUGAAUGGCGGCGUGCUCGACGGCAACGUCCUCAAGGUCCAGCUCUCGUCACACCCUCUCCCCUCGCCUCAGCCAAGCCCGAUCCGCUCCCCCAAGCGCUCAGCCUCACGCUCUCGCUCCCCCAUCCGUGGGGGGCGGUCGAUCUCGCCUCCCCGUCGCGCGCCUCCACAGCGCUCGCGUUCGCCACCCCGCCGACCACCACCCCGCUCGCGUUCACCUCCCCGACGGGGCCCACCUCGCUCGCGUUCGCCCUACCGCCGCCGCAGCCCAUCACCAGUUCGGCGUUCCCCCUCUCCCCCUACCCGCCGUCCCCCUGCCUAUGGUCCUAACGCACGUGGGCGCGGCGGCUAUGGAGGCAACGGAGGCUAUGGAGGAAGGUUCCGUGACCGCUCCCCACCACCGCACAUGCGUCGUGGACCGCCCAUCCGCCGCCCCAGCCCUGACUAUGAGCCGCAGCCCUAUGCGCCGUCGCAGUCCCAGUUGGAGCCGCAGUCAUCGCCGGUCGAUGAGCAGGUCGCGCUCGCCAAGUAA